AUGGAAUACUGUGGGGAUAAAUAUGAGGGGAAAACUAGAAAUAAUAGAUUGGAAGGAUUUGGAAAAUAUACACUCCCCACAGGGACGUACUAUGAAGGUGAAAUGUAUGAUGGCAUGUUCCAUGGGAAAGGAACUUUGCACUUCCAAAAUGGCAGUAAAUAUCAUGCCACCUGGGAAAGAGGGCAUCCCAAAAAUGGAGAAAUUAUAUAUGCUGAUGGCUUGAAAUAUAAGGAAGGUUCUCAUUAUUGUGAUGAGUUUGAUAGAAGAUUCUACACAGAAAUAUGUUUUGGAUUAAAACCUGCAGGUAGAUCGCAGCUAGUGGAUAAAGAGCCCCGCAAACAAAUACCACCAGGAUGCUAUGACACAGGAGACGGGUUCUACGAUCCUUUGACCAGAGUGGUGACGGACUACACUGGACGAUUUCUUCGCAAUUCUGAUGCUGAGGAGCAUAUAUGGAUUACUACCAAAUGCAGAAAAGCAUGGGAUGAGCACGUGGGUGCUACGUAUGAUGCCGAAGUUGUCAGCCAUACAUCAAAACCUUACUGA